CAGCUGCCAGACCUAGUGGAGAACAAUCCGAUGGUGGCGAUCUCAGUCCUGCUGAAGCUCAUCAACUCGGCACACAUCACCGAGUACUUUACUGUGCUAGUCAACAUGGAGAUGUCGCUGCACUCCAUGGAGGUCGUCAACAGGUUGACGACGUCAGUGGACUUACCAGUGGACUUCGUGUACCUAUAUAUCAGCAACUGCAUCUCGACGUGCGAGACCAUCCGCGACCGCUACAUGCAGAACCGCCUCGUGCGCCUCGUCUGCGUGUUCCUGCAGUCGCUCAUCCGGAACAAGAUCAUCAACGUGAAGGAAAUAUUCAUCGAAGUGGAAGCGUUCUGCAUAGAGUUCAGCCGGAUCCGGGAAGCGGCCGCUCUCUUCCGACUGCUGAAGCAACUGGACUCUGGAGACGCUCUCACGCACAAGGAGCCCAAGGACAACUAGCGACAUCGCACCAAGAUCUUCUAUCGGACGCGGUAGUGGCAUACCCUAAAGCCUGGUCCGUGAGUACGUAGAAUCCCGUCCAAUGACCCCAAGCUACCCAUCCUUAUCACUCGCA